CAUCACGUCAAGACCAUGUGGUACCUGGAGAUUAAGCACUUCUGCCCACGGACGCCAGUCAUCCUCGUGGGGUGCCAGCUCGACCUGCGGUACGCGGACCUGGAGGCUGUCAAUCGAGCCAGGCGGCCAUUAGCGAGGCCCAUAAAACCCAGUGACAUCUUACCACCCGAAAGUGGCAGAGAAGUUGCCAAAGAGCUCGGCAUUCCCUACUAUGAGACAAGCGUCUUUGAUCAGUUUGGCAUCAAGGACAUUUUCGACAACGCAAUCCGGGCCGCCCUCAUCUCCAGGAGGCACCUGCAGUUCUGGAAGUCGCACCUCAGGAGGGUGCAGAAACCCCUGCUGCAGGCCCCGUUCCUGCCUCCCAAGGCUCCCCCGCCCCUCAUCAAAAUCCCAGAAUGCCCUCCGAACAACCGAGACGGCUCGCAACAGCUGCUGGAAAGCCCGCUCUGCGCCGACGUGAUGUUCAUCCUGCAGGACCACAUCCACAUCUUCGCCCACAAGAUCUACCUCUCUACCUCGUCCUCAAAGUUCUACGACCUCUUCCAGAUGGACAUCUCGGACGAGUCCCAGUGCUUGGUGGUGACGGAGCGACAGGGGAGGGACCACCUGAUGCGGACCCUCAGCCUGGACACGGAGGAGGACGCUGACGUCCUGCAUUCCCUCUCGCCCUGCUCCCUCAGGGCGUCCAAGAGCGACGGCACGCUGAAGAUGAUGAGCUUCAGUGGGAAGCACCGGAGGACCAAGCUGUCCCUGGCCUCCUGGAGCAAGGCCUUCUACAGCAUCCACAAGGAGACGGUAACCAACCCUGUGACCGCCACGCCGGCAUCCAUGACCGUGGUGAAGAUGGACUACUCCAUCCAGCUGGGCCCCUUCAGCGCAGUCCUCCGCUUCCUCUACACGGGGGAGCUGGACGAGAGGGAGAAGGACUUGAUGAAGGUUGCACAGAUCGCGGAGAUCCUGGAGGUCUUCGACUUGAGGAUGAUGGUGGAGAACAUCAUGAACAAGGAGGCUUUCAUGAAUCAGGAAAUCACAAAAGCAUUUUACGUGAGAAAAGCGAACAGAAUUAAGGAAUGCCUGACCAAGGACACCUUUACAGAUGUCAUAUUCAGAUUGGAUGAUGGAACCAUCAAUGCCCAUAAGCCUUUGCUGAUAUCCAGCUGUGACUGGAUGGCAGCUUUGUUUGGCGGGUCUUUCUUGGAGAGCUCAAACAACGAGGUGUCCUUCCCCAACACGAAUAGGGCCUGCAUGCAAGCAGUACUGGAGUACCUAUACACCAAUCAGCUCUGCCCUAUAGCCGACCUUGACCCACUGGAGUUAAUUGCUCUGGCCAACAGACUGUGCCUUCCUCGGCUGGUGGCUCUAACAGAACAUUAUGCUGUGAGCGAACUGGCGAAAACUUCAAAAGUGGGACAGGACAUCGAUGGAGACGUCCUCACAUACCUUGAACUGGCCCAGUUCCAUAACGCUAACCAGUUAGCUGCUUGGUGCUUACAUCAUAUCUGCACUCAUUACAACAGUGUCUGUGCCAAUUACCGCAAGGAAAUCAAAUCUAAAUCUGCAGAGAACCAGGAGUAUUUUGAGAAGCACCGCUGGCCUCCAGUGUGGUACCUGAAGGAGGAAGACCACUACCAGCGUGUGAGGAAGGAGCGGGAGAAGGAGGACAUUGUCCACAGCAAGCACCAUUCCAGACGUAGGUGGUGUUUCUGGAGCACCUCCACUGCGAUGGUCUGAGCAGCCAACUGUGAGGCAACCAUGAAAACCGCAGGGUGAAGGGUCACUCACUCCGCUCCUGUAUUCCUGUCUUAAUCUCCAGAGGACAUACAGUAUCUGUCAAUGCACUGACUUCCAGUUGUUUUGUCUUUUAAAAAAGUUAUAAACAUUGGGGUCUUUACUGCACUUGUCAGGCCUGAAGCACAACCUGCGUGCACAAACUACACUUCACCACUGGGCAGGGGGAAUUGGAAUUAUUGUUUGGGUGAUGUACUGUAACUCCCACUGCUUAAAACAUCAUGGACAGAAAUUGUAUUUGUUCACUGUACUGUACCUUCGCUUUUUUGUUGUUGGGCUGUAGGCUUUGUGGCUUGCCAAACAGCACCUGGCUCAAACCACGGCCCACAAGUAAAGCCAUUUGUCAGCAAAUGUAUGUAAUAAUGGGAGAUUUUCCUCAAUUUGUUUGUGAAUAAGACAUACCAAAUAUUAUUAUCAGUCGCUUAAGUUCUCUGUUUCAGCUCAUGCCGAUGCCGUUGUCUUUUUCAUCCACAAAGUGAUAUACUGUAAGUGCUAAAUAUUCAUUGUAAUAACAGUACUAGAAGGAAAUGUAUGCUACACUGGCCACAAGACCACGUGGACUCAAUUUCCAAAAGUCUGCUUUGAUUUGAAUGUUAUUUUGUCACUUCUGACAUUGAAUAUUUGAGCAGAAAGCUCACUGUGAUGAAGUCUGUGUUUGCUGUAGGUGUGUAACCAAUAAGUGUAACUUCUUAAAUAUUAGAUUGCUGAAGUAUAGCAGCAGUCGCCAACCCACAAAUGGCAUAAAUCAGCAUUAAUGCAAUAACUCUUUGCCUGGAGGAAAUUAAGUCAUGUCAGACAAGUAGGUCAUCAGCCUUCCAAGUGUCAACAGACUUCACCCAGAAAUGGAAAUGUACUAGUCUUGCUCCAGGUAUGAAAUAAUUUUUGUACAACUUCUCUAUAUCCUUUGAUGUUGCACAGUAUUGAUCGGUGUGGUUAAAGGGUUAUCUCCUAUGGUAAUUAGAAGGGCUUAGUAUUAUAAAUUAGUUCAGGGUUUACUCAUGGACCUUAACUUCACAACACAACCUAUAUCUGCAACUGGCAUAAAUAUAUUAUUCUUAAUAUUGCCCUACUAGCUGUUACUUAGUUUGUAACAUGAUUUGACUUACUAAACAUAUAAAAAAAUAACAUAUCAGCCAAAGUCAAAUCCAUUUAGAAUGUUAUACGUAGAUAUGUAUUACGUAUGGGAUUACAGAUCGGAAUUCUGCAAGCUUUCAGUGUAAGAUGGAAAAAUGCGAGGAUGAUCAUUUCUGGCUGUGUCACUGUAGACCAGUAUAUAAAGAAGCUGUACAGUACUGUGCUGCACUGUAAGUGUUUGUGUUUGUACCUCCAAUGUAUGAGCCCCCUGGAGAACCGGCUAUGUCGCCCAGCUGGAACAAUUUAAGCGGGUCUGAACCUGCCCGUCAGAAAGGGGAAAUACUUGAAAAUGUGUUUAAUUUUCUAUUCGUAGAGUAGAUUUACUUAAGUUAACCAAAGUGGUACGUAGGCCGUCACACUUACUAGACACCGUGUGGUUGUUAUUUAUUGGUGAAUUUGCAAUAUCUCAUCAUCAGCUGCUAAAAAAAACAAAACCAAGUGGCUGGUUCAUUUGGUUAUUGCUGUCAAAGGCCUUUUAUCUUGCUGGUAAUUAUCCUUAAAGCUGUUUGUUUAUCUAUUUAUUUUUA